AUGUCUGGCCAUCCCCAAGGUGGCCAUUACGAUGAUGGCUACGGCCGGGACGACUACGGUGGUCAUGGCGGAAAUGACGCCUAUUAUCAAGAUGGCUACGAUGAUCGUUACAAUGAUCAAUACUACGAUCCCCGUCAGCAGCAACAACAACAACACCAAGGCGGCCGUGACGGUUACUACGACGAAUCAGGCUACUACAACGCUGAUUCUUCCAAUCCAUAUCAUCAAGACGGUGGAUACUACGAGGGCCACAACGGCUACCAGGAUGACUACUAUGACAACCAAUACUAUGAUCAGAAUGGAGGCCACCAAAAUCAGCCCCGUGGUCGUCGUCGAGGCCAUGACUCCGAAGAGGAUUCGGAGACUUUCAGCGAUUUCACAAUGAGGUCAGACAUGGCUCGCGCCGCUGAGAUGGACUACUAUGGUCGUGGCGAUGAGCGAUACAACAGUGGCUACGAUCAAGGUCGUGGCUACCGUCCGCCGUCCUCGCAGAUCUCUUACGGCAACCGCUCUUCUGGUGCCUCGACCCCUGUCUAUGGUCUGGAUUACAACAAUGCCCUUCCUGCUGGUCAGCGAUCUCGGGAGCCGUAUCCGGCCUGGACAUCUGAUGCCCAGAUUCCUCUGUCCAAGGAGGAGAUUGAGGACAUCUUCCUUGACUUGACGGCAAAGUUUGGCUUCCAGCGCGACAGCAUGCGAAACAUGUACGAUCACAUGAUGACGCUUCUAGACUCUCGUGCGUCUCGCAUGACACCCAACCAGGCUCUACUUUCUCUGCAUGCUGAUUACAUUGGUGGUGAUAACGCCAACUACCGACGUUGGUACUUUGCUGCUCACCUCGAUCUCGAUGAUGCUGUCGGGUUUGCCAACAUGAAGCUUGGAAAGGCCAGCCGUCGCACCCGCAAAGCGAGGAAGGCUGCGGCGAAGAAGGCCAAGGAAAACCCACAGAACGAGGAGCAGACUUUGGAAGCCUUCGAGGGUGACAAUUCGCUUGAAGCUGCUCAGUACCGCUGGAAGACCCGCAUGAACAAGAUGUCACAGCACGAGCGGGCUCGCCAGAUCUCCCUCUACCUCCUCUGCUGGGGGGAGGCCAAUCAGGUCCGCUUCAUGCCCGAGUGCUUGUGCUUCAUCUUCAAGUGUGCCGAUGACUACCUGAACUCUCCUGCUUGCCAAAACCGUGUUGAGCCGGUCGAAGAGUGCACCUAUCUUAACAACAUCAUCACUCCUAUCUACUCCUACUGUCGCGACCAAUGCUACGAGAUCGCGGACGGCAAGUACGUUCGUCGUGAACGCGAUCACAACCAGGUCAUCGGCUACGACGAUAUCAACCAGCUUUUUUGGUAUCCUGAAGGCAUUGAGCGCAUCGUCAUGCAGGACAAGUCUCGUCUCUGCGAUCUGCCACCAGCAGAGCGCUACCUCAAGCUGGCCGAGGUUAACUGGAAGAAGGCAUUCUUCAAGACCUACAAGGAGACUCGCUCGUGGUUCCACUUGCUCACCAACUUCAACCGUAUCUGGGUCAUCCACGUUACUACUUUCUGGUUCUACACUGCCUUCAACUCUCCGACGCUGUAUACCGCCAACUAUCAGCAGCAGAUCAACAACAAGCCAAAUCCGGCUGCGCAGUGGUCCGCGGUUGCCUUGGGUGGUACUGUCGCUUGUCUUAUCCAGAUCUUCGCUACCCUGGUCGAAUGGCUCUAUGUGCCGCGUGCGUGGUCUGGUGCUCAGCAUCUUACCAAGCGCCUCUUGUUCCUGAUCGGCAUGUUGGUCCUCAAUGUUGGGCCUAGCGUCUACAUCUUUAUCAUCAACCAGGAAGGAAGAAUUGCGCUCAUUUUGGGUGUCGUUCAGUUCUUGAUCGCUCUGGGUACGUUCCUGUUCUUCUCGAUCAUGCCUUUGGGUGGACUUUUUGGAAGCUACCUCAAACGCAACUCGAGACAGUACGUCGCAUCGCAGACUUUCACUGCCUCGUAUCCUCGCCUGUCUGGAAACGACAUGUGGAUGUCCUAUGGUCUGUGGGUUAUGGUAUUCGCGGCAAAGAUGGCUGAGUCUUACUUCUUCCUGACGCUGUCUUUCCGCGAUCCUAUCCGCAUUCUUUCUUACACCGAGAUCCAACGGUGCGCGGGCGAUGCGAUUCUCCAAGACUACCUUUGCAAGUACCAGCCUCAGAUCCUGUUGGGAAUAAUGUUCUUCACGGACCUGAUUCUGUUCUUCUUGGAUACCUAUCUAUGGUACAUCAUUUGGAACUGCGUCUUCAGCGUCUUCCGAUCCUUCUAUCUUGGUGUGUCGAUCUGGACGCCUUGGAGAAACAUCUUCAGCCGCCUGCCAAAGCGCAUUUACUCCAAAAUCCUUGCUACGACCGACAUGGAGAUCAAGUACAAACCCAAGGUACUCAUCUCUCAAGUCUGGAACGCCAUUGUUAUUUCGAUGUAUCGCGAGCAUCUGCUGGCCAUUGACCAUGUUCAGAAGCUGCUUUAUCACCAAGUUCCAUCCGAGCAAGAGGGCAAAAGGACUCUGCGAGCUCCCACUUUCUUCGUGUCGCAGGAGGACCACUCUUUCAAAACCGAGUUCUUCCCAUCGCAGAGCGAGGCCGAGCGCCGUAUUUCAUUCUUCGCCCAGUCAUUAUCAACUCCCAUCCCGGAGCCUCUCCCGGUCGACAACAUGCCUACCUUCACGGUCCUGAUUCCCCACUAUAGCGAGAAGAUCUUGUUGUCUCUGCGUGAGAUUAUUCGCGAGGAUGAGCCAUAUUCUCGUGUCACGCUUCUGGAGUACCUCAAGCAACUUCACCCGCACGAAUGGGACUGCUUCGUCAAGGAUACCAAGAUUCUGGCUGAUGAGACCUCCCAGUUCAAUGGCGACAACGAGAAGUCAGAGAAGGAUACGGCCAAGAGCAAGAUUGAUGAUUUGCCAUUCUACUGCAUCGGUUUCAAGUCGGCUGCUCCCGAGUACACCCUGCGGACACGUAUCUGGGCUUCGCUGCGCUCGCAGACUCUCUACCGUACCAUUUCCGGUUUCAUGAACUACAGCCGUGCUAUCAAGCUGUUGUACCGUGUUGAGAAUCCCGAGGUUGUCCAGAUGUUUGGCGGCAACUCUGACAAGCUUGAGCGCGAACUUGAGCGCAUGGCGCGACGCAAGUUCAAGAUCGUCGUGUCUAUGCAACGCUAUGCCAAGUUCAAGAAGGAGGAACGUGAGAACACCGAGUUCUUGCUCCGUGCUUAUCCUGACUUGCAGAUUGCUUAUCUCGAUGAAGAGCCUCCUGCAAACGAAGGGGAAGAGCCCCGAUUGUACUCUGCACUUAUCGAUGGCCACUCUGAAAUUCUCGACAACGGCAUGCGCAGACCUAAAUUCCGUGUUCAACUCUCUGGCAACCCUAUCCUUGGUGACGGAAAGUCUGACAACCAGAACCAUGCCAUUAUCUUUUACCGCGGCGAGUAUAUCCAGCUCAUCGAUGCCAACCAGGACAACUACCUCGAAGAAUGCCUGAAGAUCCGAAGUGUUCUUGCUGAAUUCGAAGAGAUGACCACAGAUAAUGUCUCCCCUUACACGCCUGGUCUGCCCCCAACGAAGAACACUCCUGUGGCUAUUCUCGGCGCUCGCGAGUAUAUCUUCUCGGAGAACAUUGGUGUCCUUGGUGACGUCGCAGCUGGCAAGGAACAGACUUUUGGUACCCUCUUUGCACGUACUCUGGCUCAGAUUGGUGGCAAGUUGCACUAUGGUCAUCCGGAUUUCCUCAACGGCAUUUUCAUGACUACUCGUGGUGGUGUUUCCAAAGCCCAGAAGGGUCUGCACCUGAACGAAGAUAUUUACGCCGGUAUGAAUGCCCUUCUCCGUGGUGGCCGUAUCAAGCACUGCGAGUACUACCAAUGUGGCAAGGGUCGUGAUCUUGGAUUUGGCUCUAUUCUCAACUUCACGACCAAGAUUGGCACGGGUAUGGGCGAGCAGAUGCUUUCUCGCGAGUACUACUACCUCGGAACUCAGCUGCCACUCGACCGGUUCUUGUCUUUCUACUACGCCCAUCCUGGUUUCCACAUCAACAACAUGUUCAUUAUGCUGUCGGUGCAAAUGUUCAUGAUUGUGCUAAUCAACCUGGGUGCCUUGAAGCAUGAGACGAUCACUUGCGACUACAACCGCAAUGUUCCCAUUACGGAUCCCUUGAGGCCCACUGGUUGUGCUAACCUCAUUCCCAUCAUGGAAUGGGUUGAGCGUUGCGUUCUAUCGAUCUUCAUUGUCUUCUUCAUCUCCUUCGUGCCACUUGUGGUUCAGGAACUGAUGGAACGUGGCUUCUGGCGAGCUGCUACUCGUCUUGCCAAGCACUUUGCGUCUGCUUCUCCAGUCUUUGAGGUGUUUGUCUGCCAGAUCUACGCCAGCUCUAUCCAGCAGGAUCUGUCCUUUGGUGGUGCGCGGUAUAUCGGCACUGGUCGUGGCUUUGCUACGGCUCGCAUCCCCUUCGGUGUCCUCUACUCUCGUUUCGCGGGUCCAUCCAUCUACCUGGGUGCUAGAGCGCUUAUGAUGUUGCUCUUCGCCACCAUCACCGUGUGGUUCCCGUGGCUCAUCUGGUUCUGGGUGUCCCUGAUCGGUCUGGUCAUCUCGCCGUUCAUUUUCAACCCGCACCAGUUUGCAUGGAACGACUUCUUCAUCGACUACCGCGACUAUCUCCGCUGGCUGUCUCGUGGCAACUCCAGAUCUCAUGCCUCUUCUUGGAUCGCUUUCUGCCGUUUGUCCCGUACUCGUCUGACUGGAUUCAAGCGCAAGGUUCUUGGAAGCCCCUCGGAGAAGCUAUCUGGCGACGUCCCUCGUGCAAGACUUACUAGUGUCUUCUUCGCCGAGAUCGUUGGACCUCUUGUUCUCGUCGCGGCUACCCUGGUUCCGUAUCUCUUCAUCAACGCUCAGACCGGUGUGCGCGAUCCCGCGCCAGCGACCCAAUCUCUCAUACGCGUUGCCAUUGUGGCCUUUGCCCCCAUCGCUGUCAAUGCCGGUGUUUUGGCUGGUCUAUUUGCCAUGGCUUGCUGUAUGGGCCCAGUCCUCAGCAUGUGCUGCAAGAAGUUCGGCUCAGUCCUUGCCGCCAUUGCUCAUGGUGUUGCUGUCUUCAUGCUCCUCGCUUUCUGGGAAGUGAUGUUCUUCCUUGAGGGCUGGAUCUUUGCCAAGGCUCUUCUGGGCAUGGUUGCCGUGGUCGCUAUGCAGCGGUGGUUCUUCAAGCUCGUCAUCGCCCUGGCUCUCACUCGUGAGUUUAAGUCAGACACCUCCAACAUCGCUUGGUGGACCGGCAAAUGGUAUGCUAUGGGCUGGCACUCGAUGUCCCAGCCGGCUCGUGAGUAUCUCUGCAAGAUCACCGAACUCGGCUUUUUCGCUGCCGACUUCAUUCUCGGUCACAUCAUCCUCUUCAUCAUGUUGCCGGCAUUGUGCGUGCCGUACAUCGACAAGUUCCACUCCGUCAUGCUUUUCUGGCUCCGUCCCAGUCGUCAAAUUCGGCCUCCUAUCUAUUCGAUCAAGCAGUCCCGCCUCCGACGGAGACGAGUCAUCCGUUAUGCGAUCCUCUACUUCGUACUGCUGAUCCUCUUCGUUGUCCUCUUCGUCGGGCCUGUCAUUGUACGGCGCUUCGUCACCGGUCUGCCUUCAGUUCCGAUGGACCUCAUGCAGCCCACUGGGCAAGACAACAACGAUACCAUGGCAUCCGUCACUGGAUCCGUUCUCAUCCCUGGAUUGGGCAGUCAACCUACUGGUGGCGGUGGCGGUGGCGGCGGCGGUGACGAUACCGCUGCAACAUCGGCCGCUGGUGGUGAUGAUGGUGGUGAUGCAUUCCCAUCUGAUGCUUUCGGUUUGGGCGGUGGCAACCGCUUCGUGCGGUGGUAG